GUUAAGUUAUCUACUUAAUUUCAAAGUAACGCACGGAUCAAAAUCGUAUAAUCGAUCAUUAUUAUACGGAGCUUUACCGCACGAUUUGAGAAUGUAUGUCUAGCAGAGUUGUCAUGCACGUAUUAAAUGUCGAAUGACAGAUUGUGCUUGCCUGUUUUUUUUUUCAUUGUGACGUGUGUUUUGGUUGUAUCAAUCGAACAGACAGCGAUCGCCCUGCGCUACGAAACAUUCCAACUUUAAUAGGGUGAUUGGUUGCGUUAUGGGUUCUGGAAUGUGCGUUUGGACGAUUGCAACUCAUUCAUUUAUUUGAACAGGCAACAUAGGUUGCGUCAUGCCUGAACUUGUUGACAUUCUUUUGUUUACCAUGUAGGCUUCAGUGCCUUUGCGUUCUCCUGCAGAACGACCUACUACCGUGUUGUAACACUUUGCUUUGCAUCCAUCUAUUGUCUUACACGGUUGAAUUGGCAUGAUUUUAGAAUGUAAUUUUAAGCAAAAAUGAAUGACCUUAUGGAUCAGAUACUUAUUUAAAACAUCAAAGCAAAAUGACCCUUUGAAUUUGUUCAAGUAUCCAAUGGUUUAUGAGUAUGGAUAACGUUUUAGGUUACCUUGUGCAUUUAAUCCAUGUAGCCCUUUAUAACCUAGUUAUUGUUUUGAUAGCUCGGUGGGCUACGUUCCCGGAAUGUCUACAUUUUUAUACAGAGCAAAAACGAUUGGUUGUCAACUACUUUUAGACUCCGGGAUUUUUUUACUUGGUAUUGAAUGUGUUUAACACAAUCAAUCUGUUGUUUUUGUUACGCAGUAGUGAAUGAAUGAGCGAUAGUGCGCAUGCGCGAACGAAGUCUUUUAGUUUAUAAACAAGCCCUGUACGCAAUUGGCCACGUGACUGUUCUUGCACAGGGUUUCUCUGUUUCUUUCAAAGACAAAAGCCAGGCCAGCUUGGGAAGCGUAAUGUAACGCAGAAACGACAGCACAUCUGACCUAGAACACGUGUGGAAACAAAAGAAAAGAGAAAAGCAGAGCAACAAUGGACGAGUCCUUUGACCCACUAAAGUGCACUGAGGAGCUACCCUCCUCUCCAGGGUGCAACAUGGAUUUCGACGACAUGCCAGAGCUCCAGGAGGUGGACGAGGACAGGAGGUCCUCUGAGAUGUUCCGGGUGGGGGCGGGGGUCUCCCACCAGGAGUUGGGCACCUCCCCCAGCAACAACUGGCUGGCGGAGCUCGCCAAUAUAGCCACCAGCCCCCAGAGCCCCCUCCUCAAAGACGCCCCCCACAAGAGAUCGUCCCCGGUCCACAUCUUCGGCAGCAGCAACAGUUUACAUUCCUACGCCCGCCCGCCGCUGGCCAGCAGCGCCCCCACCCCGUCGAGGAUGCACCUGCGAGACCGCCGACGCGUCAGGGCCAGCAGUGAGUCCGAGUCCGGGGUCUUCUCCAUGUCUUCAUCGUUCUCAGACGACGAAGACAUGGCCUGGUCCCGCUCCUGGCCCUCCACAGCCUGGCAUUGCUUCCUGAAAGGCACCCGUCUGCGCUUCCACCGCGGCUCCAACGUGGAGUGGCAGGACGCCGACGACCUCCGAGACUCUGACGACGACUCCGACGACGACUCCAUGAUGGUGUGCACCUCCCUCAAGAGCUACGGGUCGGAGGGGCUCCGGUUGGUGGACCACGAGGAGGCCGUGUCUGUGGCCCAGGUGGUGCUCAAACUGACCUUUGACCCCGGCUCAACCACCAAUGGCCUUUUAACAGCGGAAUGUCGACUGGACCACCCGUUUUUCGUCAAAAAUAAAGGGUGGGCUUCCUUCUACCCCAGCCUCACUGUGGUGCAUCAUGGGAUCCCCUGCUAUGAGAUGCAGGUGGGUGACCUGUGUCUUCCCCCCAACCACGCGGAUGCCAUUAACUGCGACGACUCGGUGGUCUUCGACACUUUCAGGAGUUAUGACUUCACCCCGCUGGACUCCUCAGCCGUGUACGUGUUGAGCAACAUGGCUCGCCAGCGCAGGACCUCCCAGUCCAGCGGGGGCGCUGUGAGCCCAGACUGUGAUAAGUUUGAGCGCGCCGGCUCCCCGCAGUCCUCCAACAGCAAAUCAGGCAGGGGCCAGACUUCAGGGACGGCCGUGGUUGCCGUGCCCACAAAAUGCAAGCGGCCGAUGAAUGCAUUCAUGCUCUUCGCUAAGAAGUACAGAGUCGAGUACACCCAGAUGUAUCCCGGCAAGGAUAACAGAGCCAUCAGCGUAAUCCUGGGGGACAAGUGGAAGAAGAUGAAGAGCGAGGAGAGGAGGAUGUACACCCUGGAGGCCAAGGUCCUGGCCGAGGAGCAGAAGCGCCUCAACCCGGACUGCUGGAAGCGCAAGAGGACCAACUCGGGCUCCCAGCAGACCUAGUUGAGCCCCACGACCUGCUCAGGUGUUGCUGGUGUGAUACGGAGGAGAAGCCCUUUAGAUACACACCGCUUAAAGCCUGAACACAGCUCUGCGCCCGCAUCGAUGAGUUACAACUGUGAUGCAGAACUUAUACACGCAUUUUAUUACCUUUACAAAGAAUACAUUAUAGAGACAACCUUUAAGGGAAAGAAAUCGGCAACAUUGAUUACAGAAUAUAUCCCCAAACUGUAAAAUGUAAUCUCAUCACUAACAGUGCUACUAUUUUCCUAUAACUUUUUAUGUCAGAUAUGCCUUUUGUUUUACGUCCUUUUUUAAAAUAAUGGAUCUGCUUCUAUAUAUUUCCAGAUAUUUCAUACUACUCAGAGAUAAACAUGUGGAUAUGUGGUGCUACGCUCAGUGUAGGCUGAGCAAUCUUUUAAACAGCGAGUGUCCAUAAUUGUAAAAUAAUAGUAUAAUACUAUAUUUUGCAACACUUUCUUCUUCCUCUAGCCUCUGCCUCAUUUUGAGGAACAAUCCACAGAUUGGUCAACUUUUUCAUGGAUAAAUGUUGUAAUGCAGUGAAUAAUAAGCAAUUAAACGUCGGUCAGUUGUGUGUGAUUGUGUGUGUGUGGAUGUGCCUGCCUUGACUUGCGAUCCCCUUCCUUCCCACUGGGCUAAACCAUGAAUGGGCCUUGAUGGGGGGGGGGGGUGCACGGGAGAGGAGGUAGAACACACACACACACACACACACACAAAUAUACACACAUACUUACUUACUUACUUAUACACACUUACUUGCUUACAAACACACACCCACACAUGUGUAUAUAUACACACACACACACAUACUUACUUACAUACACACUUACCUGCUUACAGACAGACACACACACACACACACACACACAAAAGUAAACGCGUACAUCAUCAGUAAAUCAGGGCCGGGCCUCACUGUAAGUGUUUAAUCUUUAUUGCACUUUAUAUAAAUAUGUAAUCUAACAUUUACAGCCAUGGUAUGCUCGAGGAAACCAUUUGUAUGAUAUGGUAUAUGAUAUGUAUCUCGAUUCGAUAUUUGACAUGCUCGUGGUGAAGCAGCCGUGCUCUGCUUGCGGGUUUGCUUGAGUUUAUACUGCUUUGUUGAUAAUGUACAGGUUUCACAUACACCCAUCCACCUCUUGCACAGAAUACCCCUUGUAUUAUAAUAUAAAUACAUUUUUAAAAUUGGCAUUCGACUUCAGGUCAGCCUGCAUUGUGUUAUUAUUCUAUUAGACUAUUUGCUCACUGUCUUUGUAGUAGGCCUACUAUUCCAGUAAGUGGGAGAUAAGAAGGAUAGCAGAGAAACAGCAGCGCUCACAUUGACAUAUUAGCCACGCGGAAGCCUAGUUCAACAUCAGUAACGUUUUCCUGCUUUAAUAAAUAUGUUUUAUUCAGGCGUAGGCAUGUCUUCUAUUUACUAAGAUGUGUUGCGGCUUCAUCAGUGGUCUUUAUUUGUGAUUAUUUAUUACGCGAUCGACAGAGGGCGCCAAAGCUCCACUGUAAUUUACACUCCAUGGAGACUCCAUGGAGCAGGUUAUAUACAACGUUCAGCACCAAUAUGCCAUUCAUUUCGGAUGCGCAGAGCGUCUGACUGCAUCCACAUCAACGGCGCCCAUGCUUGUCACUGUCAGGUGGGGAGGGGAACCUCAAACUAUUUUACUCGUAUGCCAGUGACAAUAUGAAGGAUGCCCUAUCCGAAUAUAACAUACAAGUUAAACAUCUGGUUGAGCUUAUAGUGAAGAAGCAUUCAUGGGCCUACAAGAAAGACCUUUCUACGAAUGCAUCAUCGUGUUGCAAUUCAUAUUCAUUGUUCAGAAGUUUUGACCAAAAUCUUCCAGACUAUAGCGAUUACGUUUAUGUUUUCAUUAAUCAACCAUGGCACACCUUACAUAGCCUAUACUUUAUCAUUGUAUGGUUUUCUAGGACAACUUUAAAGAGCCUCCAAGGCCUCAUUUGCAAUGCACCCAUCUGUUCCAACGCUUUGAAAUGGAUACAAAAUGAUACAGUUAAAUAAAAUAAAAAGUGAUUAACACCAUUCACAGGAUUUGAAGAAUAUAAAUCAAAUUUGACCAUCUGGAACGAGACUAUUAUAAUUAGGAGUCAGAGUGUUAAUCUCGAAAGAUUUCAGUUUCGUUAUCUUGGCGAUACUUCUGGCGAUGAGCCAUAAUCGCAGGUGUGCUUUUGGACCACACUUCACAGAUCCACACCGUGUGUGUGACGUCAUGCGCCGCUUGGGAUUUUUCCUGGGAAUGUCGCCACCGACACCGCGUAGGUAACAUCCAUAACACUGCUAAUGCAUAUGGGAGGGCUUUCAUAAAUGGGCCCUAUAGGCCACCACAGUCACUGUUGUGUAGCUUCGUUCUGCGAUUGAUAAUAAUAACCAGACAUUAAUUUACGUGAACAUCUUGGGAGAUUAUUCAUUUAAAUACGCAAAUGAAUAUAUUACAGAUUGGUCUCUGGCACUGUGACAUCAACUUGUCAGCGAAUAGCCGCGGGAGAGAGAGGGCUGACACCCACGGCUUGCUGAGAAUGAGCAAACACAAUGAAACCAAAGGAUGCAAGCUGCAUACUGUGAGCCUACUAUGCAUACAGGCCUACAAUGCACAUAAUAUCGUACGUUGAAACGCACACCGUGAUUGAUGUACACAUGGAUGGAUGGAGAGAAAUAGGCGGAUGCUUCACGGAUGAAGACACAGGCUGACGGCCGCGUGGUUGAGCUACUGUCAACAGGGCAUGGCCAAAGCAACAACUCGGGUGAGAAACUAUCGCUGGAGAGGGGGCUUGAAUUAUGCAUGAGGUUCCUUUGACGGGAACAAUCCCAAGCACAAAUGAAUUUGAAAAUUAACAAUUUGGUGUGGGGCAAACAGAGUGAGAGACAGUGCUCACCACUGCCUGCUUCCUCUCAAAUCAUAAGCUGCACCUCAAUCAAGGCUCUCUAAUUAGGGGCAAUUAGGCAGAGUCAUUCAGCGAGCGAUACCAGCCCUGAAGCCUUGAUUACAUGUCUUUUGUAAGACGGUGAUAAUCAAAGGCUGUGCGUUAGUCUGUGAGCUGUGCUGACGUAUAUUUUCAGGAAGCUGCUUUAUUUUUAUUUAUUUUUACCAGAUAAGCCAUAUGGCCACAUCAUCUGAAUCUACACGAGGUCAACAUGAGGUCCUACUUGGAAGCUCGUUAUCCCGUUUCAUCUCUUGAAGGAAUGACAUUUAGUGAAUCCCGCCGACGGUUUCAAAUGGCACCUGUUUAAUUAUUUGGAAUAAUUACUCGGAAUACAAAGCUCAAAAUGUGGCAGGAAAUUGAUGCAUGAUGAAUGCCUUCGGUGCGAUGCGGUGAAUGCAGGCGAUUCCCACCUUCCCCUCG